AUGACGACAAUGAGCACGAUUCUUGGUAUGGCUAAAUCAUACAAUUUGAAUUCGUCACCUCAAUUGGCUGCUGUUGAAGCUUCACUACCAUUUAUUCGAGAAGCAAUUGAUGUACUCGACAUUUCUCCUUCAUCUAAUCCACUGAUUAUUGCCGAUUUUGGUUCAGCUCAAGGUCUUAAUUCGAUGUAUGCUAUGAAAAUGAUCAUUGAACACUUGAAAAAAAAAGAUGAACGUCGUCAAAUUCUUGUUAUUCACAAUGAUCUACCAACAAAUGAUUGGACAUCUCUUGUUGAACUUCUUAACAAAGAUAAAUCAUAUUAUGGAUUAGCUAAUGGUCAAUCUUUUUAUGAACAAUGUCUUCCCAUGAAUUCACUUUCAAUCGGAUAUUCAUCAACAGCUAUCCAUUGGUUUUCAUCUAAGCCAUGUAAUUUAUCCGAUCAUUGUACUUUUGACUUUGCUCAAGAUACAAAAGAACGAGAUUUAUUUAAACGUCAAGCUCAUUUUGAUUAUGCACUGUUUUUAGAACAACGUUCUAGUGAACUUAUUCUAGGUAGUGUCCUUAUUCUUAUUAUUCUAGGUACUGAUGAUUAUGGUUCAACUGGACAUGAUGAACAAAUAAAUUUACUCUACAAAUGUGCUCAAUUAAUUAAACUUACUCCCAAGGAAUUACUUGAUUAUACUAUUCCAUUGUAUCUUCGAUCGUAUUCAGAAUGUAUUGAUUAUGAACUCUUUAAUCGAUAUUCAUUCGAAUUAAUUAAAUCCGAAUUCAAUUCAGUGCAAAUGCCUUUUUUUAAACAGUAUCAAGAUGGACAAAUAACAUUAGAUGAAUUAACUCAAUCAAUAACAUUGUUUAAUCGUAGUUGGUCCGAAUCAGCUCUUAAACAAUCAUUAUUGAAUAAUGGUCGAUCAGAAGAAGAUACUGAACAAUUAUUGACUGAAUUUUGGACUACAUAUGAAACAGAAGCAAAAGAACAUCUCUAUAAAUAUGAUAGUUCUUUGAAAUCGCGGAAUGCUGAUGAACAUGCUAAUACAGGUGUUGUUGAAGACGAAGCGGGAUUGGGUGAGGAGACCGAUGAGAAGGAAGAACUGAAUGAUGAAUUGGAGGAGGACGAAGAAAACACAUCAAUAUUAACAUUUAGUGCCGGUCCUGAUGAAUUGGAUGCUGUCACUGAAGAAUUUGAUUGA